UAUCCAAAUACGUGCCGUAGCCUGGCAACAGUGGCUAAACAAAAGGCUCACAGCUCGCGGGCUGACUUGCCAGGCUGGGUUCAAGAUGAGCCGACCCAGCAGCAGCCUUGAUGAAAAAGAGGUCAACCAAAAUGGAGACCUAGGAGGUCAUCUCUCUGUGUUUACCAAUACUCACACCGCAGCAGUGAGUCCCGAAACAAGGCUAUUGUCCGCCUUCAAGAAAGACACUCAAGCCAGGAAAGUUUACCUGGCAGGGAGAGAGUAUUAUAGUGAGGAAGGGAAGACCUUUGAACUGCGUCUUCCUGGAAAAAUAAAGCAACAGUUAAGCGCUGAUCCCACUCUUCGUCCAGAGUAUCCACCUGCUCUUGGUCUGAAAGAAUUCAUCCGGCAAGCCACGAAGGUUGCUUUAGGGAAGAGCUCUCGGGCAAUAGCGGAGAACCGGGUGUUAGGUGUCCAAACUCCUGGUUUUACCGCUGCUGUGCGUCUUGGGGCGGAACUCUUGAGACAUUGGUAUGAUGUCUGUGCUGAUUGGUGCGGGCCGGUCUACCUCUCUUCCCCUUGUGAUGACUCAUUGGCUGGUAUCUUCCAAGCAGCAGGGAUCCAAGAUAUUUGUGAGUAUUAUUACUGGGAUGACAAGCAGCGGGGUGUUUGUUUGGAGAAGCUUCUGGAAGAUCUGGAGAGGGCGCCGGAGCAAAGCGUUGUUGUUUUGUCAGCUUCUGCCCACUACCCAACUGGAGCAGACCUCACUCAGAAUCAAUGGGCUGUGAUUACACAACUCAUCAUGAGGCGUAGGCUUUUCCCUUUCCUCUUGCUGCCUGCUCAGGCGCUCUGCUAUGGAGAUUUAGAGCGAGAUGCCUGGCCUGUACAGUACUGUGCAUCGCAGGGGAUGGAGUUCCUCUGUGCUCAGUCGUUCUCCCACUGCUUUGGACUAUAUGGCGAGGCUGUCGGACACCUCCUGUGUGUCUUAAAGCAGAACUCCCUCCUGUUAUCUGUGCAGUCUCAAGCUGAGAAAAUAGUCAGAUCUCUGUGGGCCCAGCCAUCUGUAGGAGGAGCACAUGUUGUUGCCACAGUGCUCAGUAACCCAGCCCAUCUUGUUGAAUGGCAGGGAGAAGUAAAGCGCAUUGUGGAGAGAUGUAUGCUGAUCAGAGACAUUUUGAGAGACAGGCUGAGGCUUUUGGGAACUCCUGGUUGUUGGGGCCACCUGACUCAACAAGGUGGACUCUACUGUUGUGUAGGCUUGAAUGGUCAGCAGGUAGAAUUUCUGUCAAAGAGGAGACACAUGUACCUGCUCCCCAGUGGCUGUCUAAACAUGAGUGCAAUCAACGGACGUAACUUAGACUAUAUAGCUGAGUCCAUUCAUCUGGCUCUGACCACUUCACUCUGAGCAUGUGGCCUUUGAUCAAGAUCUGAAAUCAGUGUCAAAGGGGCUUUUCAGCCUGACUGAAACACAUUUAGAUUGAACCUUUCAUACGUCCCAAUGAAAUGCUCAGUUUCAGGUUUACUGUAAUUACUAUUGCAGGCCCAGCUACUGCAAAGUAAAUGCUGUUAAUUAAACAUAAAGAAAAAAUGUAGAGAAAAAUAUGAUUGCUCAUUGAAUUGCCGAUGAUCUUUGUUGACAGAGGUCUAGUCAUUAGUAAUUGUAACAGAGACCAGGCUGUGAUGGCCCUUCAGCUGAGAAGAUGUGAGUAUGGAAUGUGUCCUGUGUGUGUGGUAUAUACAGUAGGUCAGCCAUAUAUGAAAAAAGUAAUCAGAUCUGUUAAAUAAGUAAAAGUAGCAAUACCAUAAUGUAGAAAUACUCUGUUACAAGUACAAGUAAAAGUCCUGCAUUCAGAAAAGUAUUAGUAUCAAAAUAUACUCAGUAUAUGUAUUUGGUACUCAGUACCAAAAGUACUCGAUAUGCAGAAUAAUGUAUAUUAUAUUAUUGUAUUAUGAUUAUUGAUGCACUAAUGUGUACAUCACUUUAAUGUUGGUUGGUGAAGGUGGGGCAAAUUUUAAUAAUAACUUAAUAUGCAGCUGGGUAGCUUUUGAAUAUCCCCCCGUGUAUCACUAAAGUUUUAUCUUAUCUUAGCCUAUAACAGCCUAUCAUCAUUUAUUUGUUAAUUUUAUUUUGUAUUAUUAAUCUGAGUCCGCAAAGUAACUAGUAACUAAAGUUAUCAGAUACAUGUAGUGGAGUAAAAAGUGCAAUAUUUGCAGAUUUUUAUUUAUUUAUUACAAACUUAAGUGUAUAUUUAUAUAUUCACACAUUUCAUAUUGUUUUGGUGCUCAUUUUUUUUAGUCUGCCAGAAGCGGGAGAAUCUCUAUAAGGCUAAAACCAACAGCUUGUUAGGUUAGCUUAGCGCGUUAGCUUGGCUCUGUCCAAAAGUAACAAAAUCUGUCUACCAGCACCUCUAAAGCUCAAAGCUUCAUCUGGUUUGUUUAAUCCGUACAAAAACAGAAGUGUAAAAACAUCAAAUUUCCAUUUUUUUUCAGGCGGGUUAUGUGUGGGACUAUCUCUUGGCCGGGCACUGACAAAACCACCACUUGUUGUUUUUGUGCUUCGGUUUUUGUACGGAUUAAACAAAUGAGACAUAACAUGUUAAUUAGUCAGCUGGUAGGCGGAUUUUGUUAUCUUCGGACAGAGCCAGGCUAGCUGCUUCUCCCCGUUUCUCACUUGUCUUAAGAACUGUAGCUUAAGCUAAGCUAAAAGGCUCAUGGCUGUAGUUUCAUAUGUAAUGGAUGAAUAUUAGAAUGGUAUUGAUCUUCUCAUCGAACUCGGCAAGAAAGUGAAAAGUGUAUUUCACAUAAUGUCAAACUAUUCCUUUACGUAUGUAGUGACCAUGUGUAUGUGGUUAAUGUGAGUCAUUUUAUAUUACAGUGAGUUGUUCUAGUUUGAACUUUGUAUAUAUACUGUGUGGCUAUAUAUUGUACUCUGUUAGGGACUUUGUGGUCUGUAGAUGAUGUCCAGACUCACCAGCACUAUCUAAUAUAAGGUGAAUCAAGAACUUAAUAAUGGCCCAAGGCAUAAGCAGCCAUAUUGUUUGCUGCAUUCAAAGCAAAAGGAUGCUCUCCAUCAAGAAUUCCUUUCAGUUGCAGUGAACAUCAGUCAAAAAAAUAAAUGUCAAAUGUAUUGAAAACACAUGCUGUGCACACAGCAGAUCUCAGCUGCCUUUAUAAUUUAACUGUGGCCCUGUUUACACCUGGAAUUAAAAUGCGUCUUGGGUGAUCUGAUCACAAGUGAACAGGUCUAAGUACAGGUGGGUUUUCUGGGUUGACUUCCUUCACUUAAACAUUGUCAUAAACGUCUGUGCUUUUAA